AUGCGUGUUCCAUAUCCACUUAGCACCAAUGAAAAUUGUGGAAACCCGAAAUACAAACUUCAUUGCAACACAACCACCGGGCUAGAGUUUAUUUCCGCUGAACAAGUUUACUAUACGAUCACUAGUAUUGACUCAAAGGCACGUAGACUUGUUCUCCGCCCUCCACUGAUUGACCAAGGCACAUGUCAGUCUUCAGAUUUGCGUGUAGGCGGUUUCAGACUAGAAGAUGACUCCCCAUUCAACAUAUCUUCGCGUAAUACAGUUUUGUUGUUAAACUGUUCUGAGAAGAUUCUCUUGUCUCCUUUGGAUUGUUCUUCGAGUAGUAUUUGUAGGCGGUUUGAGGAGAAAGAAAGAGUAUGCGCGGGUUUACUUUGUUGCUCGUUUCUAAAAGAUGCGUCGAUGACAAAUCAUCGCAUUAGGGUUAGGGUUGAAGGAUGCUCGGCCUAUACUUCUCUAGUGAAUUUAACGCCUGGAGCUUUGAUUGACUCGUGGAAAUUUGGCAUUGAAUUGCAAUGGGUGCAACCUUCCUGA